UAAGGAUUAAGGAUAGGCAGGAAUAUAAAGCAACUAGUAGUAGCUAAGUUAUUAGAGCCGGGAGUGUGGUCGAGCAACUAGAGAAAAGCAUAUCGCUAGUAUCCCUCUUGCUCGCCAAUUGUGAAUUGGCGCGCCGAUCGACGAUGGCCGUCCAUCAUCACCACCUCCUCGACUUCUCGCCACCUCCGAACGCGGUGCCGAUGGAGGCGCCCCCACCCUCCUUCGACCACGGCCAGCUCGUCGCCCUCCACGUCGACGGCACCGACAUGCCUGCAGGAGGCGUACUUCCCCACCGCGUCCUCGCCGACGACUCGGCGACGUGGCCACAGGUGGUCAACCUCUCCCUGUUCAACUACAACACCGGGGGAGGGUCGUUGUUCAGCCACCAGCAACCGUUCGCGGCGCCUCCAGCGGUGGCCAUGGCGCCUAACCUGCCGGCGACGACCUUGCACCCGUUCCAGCUAAGGAGCUCCAAGUACCUGGGCCCUGUGAAGGAGUUGCUCGGUGAGUUCUGCAGCCUUGAAGGGGACUUGCACGCCAUGAACAGCGCCAGGAGAGCUCCCAAAGCUGGCAAGUGGGACGACGUGGAGGCGUUGUCGUCGUCGUCGUCUGGUGGCCUAUGGGGCAAUCCUUCUCUGAGCUCCAUGGAUCUGUUGGACCUUGAGAGGAGGAAAGCCAGGCUCUUGUCCAUGGUCGGAGAGGUGGACAGGCGGUACCGGCGGUACCGGGAGCAGAUGAGGGCGGUGGAGGUGUCCUUGGAGGCGGUGGCCGGUGUCGGGGCGGCGCAGGUGUACACGAGGCUGGCGCUGCGGGCCAUGUCGCGGCACUUCCGGUGCCUGAGGGAUGCGCUCGUGGCGCAGGUGCGCGCGCUGAGGAAGGCCAUGGGCGAGAGGGACGGCGGCGCCGCCGCCGCACCGACAGGUGCGACCAAGGGAGACACGCCAAGACUCAAGAUACUGGACCGGUCCCUGAGGCAGCAGAGGGCGUUCCAGCAGCCCGGCGCCAUGGAGAACUAUCCAUGGCGGCCGCAGCGCGGCCUGCCGGAGCGCGCCGUCGCUGUCCUCCGCGCCUGGCUCUUCGAACACUUUCUCCACCCGUACCCAAAUGACGUGGACAAGCACAUUCUGGCGCGCCAGACAGGGUUGUCAAGAAGCCAGGUUUCCAAUUGGUUCAUCAACGCAAGGGUGAGGCUGUGGAAGCCAAUGAUAGAGGACAUGUACACGGAAGAAGUGAAGCAGCAACCAGAGGCAAACCAAAACCCUAGCAGCACCGGAGUUAAACCUGAGAAGGACACAACGGCAUCGGCAACAGCCAUAGGAGGAGAAACUCAUCACUUCCGAAACCCUGACUCCAUGAUUUCAUCUUCCAUUGUGACUGACCGCGACCAUCUGUUAUUCCAUGGCUAUCCGAGCAUGAAUGGGGGCGGCAGCACAGUGUCGCUUACUCUAGGGCUCCAGCAGCAGCCAUUUGCGUCGUCGAUGAUGCAUCAGCGAUCACUCAUGUUACAAGGACAAGAGGAAGAGACGACGACGGUGCUACCAUAUAGGAACCUCAACCUGAUGGGGUCUCAGUUGCUGCAUGAUUUUGCGGGGUAGCUGCUAGGAGGGUGCAUAUAUACCCAAGCUAGGCGAGGUAAAAAGUAUUUCUUCAUGACUAAAAGGUAAUUAAACAAAUUGGUUCCUAGCUACCCUGCCAAAUCAUGUUAUAUUUCUCGAGCAAGGACCCUCAGAUGAUCCAUAUUUAGAGCUACUUUCAGUAAAAAUUAAGUACGGCUGUUCUCUGUUCAUUCAAGACGAUCAUGAACUCGACCGUAAUUUAAGCACUCAAUGUUUGAUGCAAAUUGUCAUAUCAUCCAUUCAGCGUACUACUACAACAUUGUGUAUGCUCAUUUAGCGUACUUACGACUUUUAA